AUGGCUGCGGGACGCACCCCAGCCAAGCCGCAAAGGCAGAGAGCAGCAGACGGCCUCUUCCGCUGCUACAGAUGCCCCGGCGAGUUUGCUGCUGCUGCAGCAAGAGAAAAGUGCUGCCGCAGCUGUUUGCUGCUGCUGGUCAGGCGCGCCUUCGCAGCAGAGUUCGCUGGCUUGCGGCAGAAACUCGCGGAAGAGCAGCAGCAGCAGCAACAGCAACGGCAGCAGCAGCAGGACGGUAGUGCAUGCGGCAGCAGCAGCAGCAGCAGCAGCAGCACAGAAGGGCCGCCGCUCUACAUUGCGCUCUCAGGCGGAGACGCGAGUCUCUCGCUGCUGCACCUGGCGGAGGAAGCAAUUCAGAAGCGGCAGCAAGUGCGGCGCAUGCAGCAGCAGAAGCAGCGAGCAGCAGCAGCAGCAGCUGCUGCUGCUGCUGCUGCUGGCCCGAAAAUAGAAGAGGCGGACUUUGGCAGCUGCGUCGCCGUCUACGUCGAUACGCAGCGGCUGCUGCUGCCGGCCUGGGACCCGUCGCCAGCAGCAGCAGCAGCAGCAGCAGCAGCAGCAGCAGCAGCAGGGGGCUUUGCGUUCGAACUGGAAGCAGCAAUUAAGGCCAAGUGGCCUGCUGUCCGCUGCGUGCUGCUGCACCCGCUGGGGCUGCAGCUUUUGUGUGGGGCGGGGGCUGAGGUGUACGUACACCUGGACGGCCGGCGCUGCAGCGCGCAGGAAGUAAAAGAAAUUCAAAAAAAAGAACUUAAAUUAAAGUUGCUGCUCGCGCGCACUUUCCAGACAGACAAAGCAGCAGCUCAGAGGCUCUGCAGGGCCCUCCGGGUCCGGGCGCUGCGGGCUUUCUGCGCGCAGCAGCGGCUGCUGGGGUGUACGUACACCCCAGUGGUGUGUACAGGCGACUCCGUUUCUGGUGCUGCUCUUUCGGUCUUAGAAAGAAUUUGCUACGGAGAGGGCAGAUUGCUGGCCAUGGAGGCGGCCCCCGUGGACGACAGGGAGUGUCCCGUCUUUCGCCUGUGCCGGCCUCUGGUGUCUCUCCACAAGAAGGAGUUGGCCCUUUUCCGCCUUUUCGAAAAGCUGCCCCACAUCGCCACCAAACCCUUUUCCAUCUCCGCAGACCUUUUGUAUGUACCCUCGCCUCUUCAAACCCUGGGG